GGAAAAAGUCGGAGCGGAAAUUCUCUCUCUCUCUCUCUCUCUCUCUCUCUCUCUCUCUCCUUCCUUACAUGGCUCUGGCCGUUUGAGGAACUUGUGUGACACAGGUCUUUGCCAAAUCUUUCGCUAAAACUAUGGCGGGGGGACAGCCGGAGAGGGAAGACAAGGUGUCGUUGGAGCUCGCAGAAGAAAUAAUUCAGAGCAUGGAAGUUGGCAUGGCCUUUCGUGACUAUAGUGGUAGAAUCAGUUCAAUGGAUUUUCAUCGGACAUCAAGUUAUCUGGUGACUGCUAGUGCUGAUGAAUCCAUACGUCUAUAUGAUGUUGCCAAUGCCACGUGUUUAAAGACAAUUAACAGCAAAAAGUAUGGGGUUGAUCUGGUUUGCUUUACUUCUCAUCCCACAACAGUUAUAUACUCCUCAAAGAAUGGUUGGGAUGAGUCAUUGCGACUUCUCUCAUUAAAUGACAACAAGUACUUGCGGUACUUCAAAGGUCACCACGACAGGGUUGUCUCCGUUAGCUUGUGCUGUCGAAAAGAAUGCUUUAUCUCUGGCUCUCUUGAUCGAACGGUUUUGCUUUGGGAUCAAAGGGCUGAGAAGUGUCAGGGCCUUUUACGUGUACAAGGUCGACCUGCAACCACUUAUGAUGAUCAAGGGCUUGUAUUUGCUGUUGCUUUUGACGGAUGCAUAAGGAUGUUUGAUGCUCGCAGUUAUGAAAAGGGUCCUUUUGAAAUAUUUUCUGUCGGGGGUGAUAUGUCCGAUGCUAAUGUUGUCAAAUUCAGUAAUGAUGGGAGACUUAUGCUUUUGACAACUAAAGACGGGCAUAUUUAUGUACUAGAUUCAUUCCGUGGCACACUUUUAGCAACAUUUAACGUCAAGCCGGUUUUAAGUGAUGCCACUUUGGAGGCAAGUUUCAGCCCUGAAGGGAUGUUUGUUAUAUCAGGUUCAGGUGAUGGUAAUGUUUAUGCCUGGAGCGUUCGAAGUGGAAAAGAAGUUGCUAGUUGGAUGAGUACUGAAACCGAACCUCCUGUCAUAAAAUGGGCUCCAGGAAGCCCUAUGUUCGUCACCGGUUCUUCUGAGUUGUCGUUUUGGAUUCCAGACUUGUCUAAACUUGGAGCUAACGUCGCAAGAAAAUAGAAACUCUUGUUAGGAAACCGUUUUCUGUUUUUAAUUCCAAGAGGGCUCAAGAUUACAUUAAUGGACAGAUGGAAGCACCUCUAUCUUCUACGUAAAUGUUACGCUCUCGGUCGGAAAGAAGAGAUGAAAUGCACAUUACGCUCUCGGCCGGAAAAAAGAUAUGGAAUGCAAAUGUGCUCUGUUCCAUGUGAAGGUGAAACUUUGUAGUUCAAGUUAUCAUGUAAAAUUAUAUCUUCGGAUUUUUUUUAUCUGAUAGGUAUUCUACGGACUAGUUUAGCAUUUGUGAAUACCUUUAUAGCAUAAGAGUGACAUAAUUAGUGGAGUGACUGAACUUCUGGUACAUGUACGAAUAUGAAGCAAUUAUGCAUGUUGUCUAUUUUAUUCCAGAAAGAACAUUUUUUU